UCCCAUCAAAUCCCAUCCCAUCCCAUCCCAUCCCUAGUAAGCCUGUACGACUCCGACACCCAAUUCCCUACUCUCUCUCUCUCUCUCUCUCACCAGCAGCAGAGAUUUUGGCAACACAACACGACACCCCCAAAAAAGCCACUGCAGAUCUCUUCCCCCCCUCCAUAUUUUCCCUAUUUCUAUUUACACCUCAACUUGUGAUUGAUUUGAUUCUCUCUAUUCUCCUUCCUUUCGAGUUUCAGCAAUGGCUAAUUAUCACCGCGACGAGACCAAUCUCCCCCCCGGCUUCCGCUUCCACCCCACCGACGACGAACUCAUCACCUUCUACCUCCUCAAAAAAGUCCUCGACUCCUCCUUCACCACCCGCGCCAUCGCCGACGCCGAUCUCAACAAAUCCGAGCCCUGGCACCUCCCUGGGAAAGCGAAAAUGGGGGAGAAGGAGUGGUACUUUUUCAGCCUCCGCGACCGGAAAUACCCGACCGGGCUACGCACGAACCGGGCCACAGAGGCCGGGUACUGGAAGGCCACGGGCAAGGACCGCGAGAUUUACAGCUCCAAAACAUGCGCCCUCGUUGGCAUGAAGAAAACCCUAGUUUUCUAUCGCGGCAGAGCCCCCAAGGGCCUCAAAACCAACUGGGUCAUGCACGAGUUCCGCCUCGAAGGCAAGCUCGCCUACCACUACUUCUCCCACAACUCCGAGGAUGAGUGGGUGAUUUCCCGGGUUUUUGAAAAACCCGGGGCGAGCGGGUCCGGGUCCGGGUCGAAGAAGAGGGCUUCGAAGGAAGUGAGCGGCUCGCACGUGUCCUGUUUCUCCAUGGCUGCACCGUCGGGUUUCGAGCUCCCGACGAAUUAUCCGCAGUUUGGCAAGCACAACGCGAGCUUUCCGACUCUCAGGUCGCUCCAGGAGAAUCUGCAUCUGCCGUUGGUUUAUCCGCCUCUGACGGAGGUGACCGGUGAUCAGGUUUUCGGGGAGGGGCAGUGGUCGGCGGUGGAGGAGCAGAAGGUUUGCGGCACCGAGCUGGAUUGCAUGUGGAAUUAGUUUUAAUCACAAAGACUAUCUUAUCUAAUUUAGGGUUUGCUUUCUUCUUCUUGUUUACUACUCCUAAUUAGUGCUAUCUAUGCAUGCAAUAUCAGUACUAUUCAGAUUGGGAAUGUAUGCAAUUUGUUCGUAUUUUCUCUA